AUGUGUAGACUAGGCAGAUACUUGUAUAAAAGAUUUGUAUUAAACAAAGUCUCGGCAGCACCUGCUUUGUGGAGAAAAGUUUCAUCUAUACCAACUGUUGGAUUUUGCAGCUUCGACUACGAGAAAUACACAUGUUGGAGACGUAGCACCGAAGAAAAUGGCGUAGUAUUUUGCUUGUGCGAUGUUGACGUUACUCUUGAAGAGCUAGCUGAUGCUGUACGAGAGUUUUUUUCGGAUGAGGGCUAUCGUGGACUGAAAGAUCUCAGUAAAUGCAAGACAGCAGUAUUAACAAAGCAAGAUACAUUGACAUACGAGUUUGUCCUGUUUAGAAGUAAAGAUUGCCAAGAUUUGCGUGUAAAGGGAGUUGUCGUUGGAGAGUAUAAUAUACAGCCAAUGCCUAUUCUCCCAGCAAACUACAAUAUAACCGUGGUUGAGGUUUCAAACGUUCCAAUUAUAGAAGAGGCUGUACUCUAUGAGACACUAGCAAUGUCUUUUCUUCCGUACGGACGCCUGUUGGAUAUAGAUUUGAAGGUUAGACCGGACACAAAGACAUUCCAAGGAGAUGCAAUUGUCACCAUGGACUCUACUCCUGACAGCGAUGGACCUUUUAAGAGUCUUCCUAAGUCUAUUACCUGGCACACUGACAAAACCCGGAAACUAAAGCUGAAGCCGACUGUCAUACCAUAA